CUGGAGCGCUUCGCAGUUGUGGCCUCCGAGCAAUUGCCUGCGCGCUGGGCUAAUAUCUGCACACAAGUACUGCAUCACGUCGUACAGGACCAUUUCACUGGUAAGCAGCGGCCCACGCGGUUUGAGCGCGGUUCUUGGGCGCCGCUAGGAGCAACACUGCAGCAAAGGUCCUCGGGUCGGAAACGGCGCCGCGCUCACCACCAUGCGCUCCCUGGCCCCACCCGUCGCCGGAGAGAACCGCCCGACGGCCCAGCAAGCCUACACCAAUGCCGAAACGGCCCCACCGUCGCAACGGAGGACGCUCCCGCCGCUCGAGUCGUUCCAGGUCAUCAGCCAACGCAAACAAAGAUAUGUGGGCCCGACGGACGAGUCGAACUGGGUGUUGCCCGGGCGAUUGAUGGUCGGCGCGUUUCCUGGGGUGAGCGAUGACCGCGAGAACGAUCGACUCCUGAAUUCGAUACUCAGUUGUGGAAUUACGACCUUCGUCUGCCUCCAGCGCGAGUACGACCCCGACGCGCCCGAAUCGGCGUGGCGGAGCGGCGCCGCUAUAAGACCGUACUAUCCGAGCGCGGUCGCGUUGGCCGCGCGGCACCAUCGGGGCCGACGGUUGGAGUUUAUUCAUUUUGGGAUUGAGGACUGUUCAGUGGUGGAAGACGACGCCGUCGCCGCCUUUUCUCGAAGUUUAGCUGAUAGGUUACGCUGUACGGAUGAGGUGAUUUACCUACAUUGCUGGGGCGGGCACGGUCGCGCUGGUACGAUUACCUGUCUUUUGCUACACUGGCUCUACGGCCUGAACGCCUUGGACGCCAUGGCGCGGUGCCAGUUCGUGCAUGAUUUGCGUAGAGUUCCCAUCGUCGUCGGUUCUCCCCAGACACAAACCCAAAGAGACCAGGUGUGUAGAGUUGUCGCGUCCUCACUGGCCUCGGACAAGCUCGCGGCGGCCGACGCGUCGGAUCUUGCUAGAAGGCAGCGCGCCGAGAGCGAUGAAAGACUAAGGCGCCAAGUGGCCGCACGGCAAGAAGCCGCACGGCGAGAAAAGGUUCACAGGGAAAACGCAAGGCAAGCGGCCGCCGACCAAGCGCGGCGCGCCCAGCGCAAGGCUGGUUCUGUGUGGCACCCGUCGCGGACGCCGUCGCCGGAUGCGUUGCCUACUUUAUUACAUGGUGUCGCUGUGAGCGAUGAAAACGAUCCUCGGGGAGCGAACGGCUUCGCUCCGGUGCGCGCGCCUCCAAUACCACCUUCCGGUCCCAUCGUCGUCCAGACGCAGCGCGUCAAGGCGCAAGCCUCCAAGCCGACCGCCUCCGCCUUCGCGCCGCCGCCUUCUGACGAGGUGCCCACGCCGCCCGACGUGCCGGUCGUGCGAAAGCGCAUGGCAUCGAACCAGUCGCUCCACUCGGCGGGCUCGCGGGGCUCGAUGACGGCCAUCGGCGGCCACGGCCCGCCCCGCAAACAGAUGCAGAUGCCGCCGCCGGCCGCCUCCGAGGUCCCGCGCGGCGUGGUGCCGCGGCGGCCGGCCGGCGGCGCCCCGCGGCCCGCGGGGCGGCCGAGCGGCGGCCGGCGCAUCGUCGCGACGAGCCUCGCGCAGCACCAGUCGCUGAACGGCAUCGUGCCGCGGCCGCCGCCCGGGCCGCGGCCGCCGCGGCGCGGGCCCCCGGGCUAG